AGCCGCAAUAGCGCGCAGCUAACCCAUGGGAGGGCGCGCCUCCGGGAACGCGCGGCUACCUUCCUCCGCUCCCUCCUCCUAACCCUCAACUUCCUCCCGCUCUCGCGGGGCUGGAUGGGCUUCGCGGACGCUGUCCAGCGGAGCAGGCGGGCUCCCACGGGCCCCAGUGGUUUGCCUCUUCUCGGAGCCGACAGACGGCGAGUCCCGGGCGGGAGGAGCGCUGGACGCCGCUGAGGGGCCCCGGCCCUCUCUCCUCGGCGGCGGCGGCGGCAGUGGCGGCGGCGGCUUCUCCCCCGGUGCAAUAUGUUCAAGAGAAUGGCCGAAUUUGGGCCUGACUCCGGCGGGAGAGUAAAGGGAGUUACUAUUGUUAAACCUAUAGUUUAUGGUAAUGUUGCUCGUUAUUUUGGAAAGAAGAGAGAAGAAGAUGGUCAUACUCAUCAGUGGACAGUCUAUGUAAAGCCAUAUAGAAAUGAGGAUAUGUCAGCAUAUGUGAAGAAAAUCCAGUUUAAAUUACAUGAAAGUUAUGGUAAUCCUUUAAGAGUUGUGACUAAGCCACCAUAUGAGAUUACAGAAACAGGUUGGGGUGAAUUUGAAAUAAUCAUAAAAAUAUUUUUCAUUGACCCUAAUGAAAGGCCUGUAACACUUUAUCACUUAUUAAAGCUAUUUCAGUCAGACACCAAUGCAAUGCUGGGGAAAAAAACAGUGGUUUCUGAGUUCUAUGAUGAAAUGAUAUUUCAAGAUCCAACAGCAAUGAUGCAACAGUUGUUAACAACAUCUCGCCAGUUAACCUUAGGAGCCUAUAAGCAUGAAACAGAAUUUGCUGAACUUGAAGUGAAGACCAGGGAAAAAUUAGAAGCUGCCAAGAAAAAAACAAGCUUUGAAAUUGCUGAACUUAAAGAAAGAUUAAAAGCAAGUCGUGAAACUAUUAAUUGUUUAAAAAAUGAAAUCAGGAAGCUUGAAGAAGAUGAUCAAAGUAAAGAGAUAUAAAAAAAGUCUCACAAGGACUUAGUAAGGAAGCAACUGGAAAAAAAAGUGGAUUUCGUGAAGUGGAGUAAAUACUAUUAUGUUUCUUAAAGGAACUCUAGGCAUAAUUGUCUAUAUGAGGCUUCUUAGCAAAGACUCCAAGGAUUCGUACCUCUCAGACAAUUUGAAUGUAAAAAUCUGCAUUUGCUAAUCCACUGAGGGCAUUUCUAUGACUUCAAGCACAACCUCUAGUUUUUUGUUGUUGUUUUUUUUAAUUACAUUGUGUACAAAGCUUGGUAACUUUUGUGAGAAUUUUCCACUCUAAGGUAUAGCUUUUGCACAAAUUUUAUAUAUUUCAGAAUGUGGAAUUAGUUUUUAAAAAAUGGACUUGCCCAUUAAACUGCUUUGAGUAGGCUCAAGCCUAUUUUGUAUAUGCUACAGAGAGAGGUCACCCAGAGAAAUGAACCUUUCCUCACUUGCAGUGAUCCCUCUACCUGAAGGCCACAGACUUAAAACAUUAAAAACCACGGAGCCACAUUUGCCAUAAAGUGAACCAAUAACGGACCUGAAGGGACUUUUAGAAGUAUGAAGUACAUUGCAAAUGUAAACUGUGCAACUCCAAGGACACCUGGGAAAAUGUCCAUUCCCAGAGGACUCUGUUAUAAGUUUCUUGUUUCUCACCUUCUACAUUUCAAAGGGAAGUCUUGAUACUCUGUCUAACCAGUGAAGCUCGACAGCAAAUUCUGUCCAGGGAGUUUUCAGUGUGUCCCUUCCCAUUUAGGGAAUAAGGACUGAAUGAUGAUUUCAUUGGUAUUGGGAAAAUUAGAAAGCUUCUGCCAGUGCAGCUAGGCAUCCUCUUGGCUGUUUAUAGCCUGAGAGUUGCCUAGAGCAUUGCAGGGUUGGGCCACUUGCCCAGGGGCACAGCCAGUGUGCAUCAGGGAGGGGACUUGAAGCUGAGUCUUUCUGGCUCUUAGUCCAGCUCUAUCCACUGUACUACACUGUCUCAUUUACUUAAGCUUAAUCUUAGGAGACUGAAAAAUAUAUUUCCAUGUUCGAAUAUAGUUUGUAAAUAAAUAUUUGGAGAUGAAAUAAAUCUUGAUGGAUUAAUUUAAAA